AGGACCCGGAGGUGGUGCGCGCCGCCGAGGAGGCACGCCGGCUGCAGGAGCAGCCCGAGCAGGACGAGGAGGAAGAGUACGGCAAUAACGAGGACGACGACGAGGAGGAUGAGGAGGGCGGAGGUUCCACCAACUACUCGGAGCAGGAACUUCAAUUUCCCGACUUUCUGAAAAGGAUGGUGCACUCGCGGGCGGUGCAGGCGGCGGGCUACCUGCUGCAGACGUUUGAGAAGAACUCCGUGUUCACCAACCACUGCUUGGCCAAGCUUCUCCACCGCAUCGCCUGGGAGGCCAAGAUGCCGGGCAUGCUGUUCCAGGCCUCGCUCUUCCGCUCCUUCCAGCGCAUCUUCAAGUCGCCGUUGCCUCAACACAAGGAACUGCAAAAACUUGCCCAGUAUGUUGUGAAAAAGUUUGUGGAGCUGGCCACUCAGAAUCCCCUCAUAUAUGUAGAGCUGCUUUUCUGGAAGACGUCUAGAGAUGCCUAUGAGAUUGAGGAGGGCUACGGAAGUUACAAGGAAAAGUCAACAGCUGAAAAGAAGUCUUGGAAAGAGGAAGAGGAAGAUGAGUUGCGUGUUCUGUUUGCAGAAUUUGAAAGGGAUCAGCCGGGUGGUGAUGUUGUUGAUUGGAUUUUGAGGAGACUAAUCAACCAAGACCGUACUGCUGCCGGUGUCAAGAAGAAGUUAAAAGAACUAUUUUUAAUUGUACCAAAAACUAAAAACAAACCACCUAAAGAGUGGGGAGAACAGGAGAUUAAUGAACUCAAGGAACUAUAUGAUCAAUUCCGAGAUUCUGGCAGUACGUUGGAUGACAUAUUGACUCGAUUGACUGUGAAAAGGCCCAAAGUUCGUGUGAUUGACAAGCUUUUAGAAUUAGGACUUGUUAAUGAUCGUAAGGAGUUGCGCAAGAAGGGAGGGAAAUCAAAAUCUGGCAAUCUCAGAAGAGGCGCUCCAGCAUUUGAUGAUAGUGAGUUGUUAGAUACUGCCACUGACACAGAUGAUGAUGAACCUAGUGGAAACAAUGUAAAAGCAUCAAAGAAGGAUAAGUCUGAAAGAGAUAGAAUGGCUUUAAAAAAUGCAAGAAGAGGAAAGACUGGACGUGCUCCACCAGGCCAAGUUACUGCAAUGCUUUUACAAGUUGUCAGCUCUGGUUUUUCUGGUGGUUUGCAGUGGCUCAAAGACUCUUUUGAUGAAGCUGCAGAAGAUUUAGAAAAGGAUCCAUCAUCUGAAGAUGUUGAUGGUGUACCAUUGGUGCCAGUGGGAGAGGAUGCAGAUUCAGCAAUGGACAGUCCCAUUUUCCAGCGACUUUUGCAGGCACUAGGUGUUCUUCCCCCAUUCGAUGAGCAGGAAUCUUACUGGCGUAUUCCAGGAGACAUGAAAGCUCCGGAAAUGAGACAAAAGGCUGAAAACAUUCAAAGUGCUCUUGAUGGCACACUUACAAUGGAACAAGUCUCAGAUCAGAACCAGAAAACUGUGUCUGAAAAUGACCAAAUCAAUGGAGACUCUUCUGAUAGCGAGGACGAGUUCAGUGCGUUGAGAAGGAUUACUGCAACUAGUCGAGCUCAAUCAAAUAAUGAUAAAACUGAAGCUGCAUUUGAUAGUCUACUGAAGUCAAAUCCAGCACGUUCUGCUGAAAAGCCAAAAGCACAGAAAGAAAAAAGAAAGCGUUUCAAAAUUGCAAAAUCAGAUGACUCAGACAAUGAGGAGUCAGUGUCUCAAAACAAAGAAGAAAGAACAAACCAAAAAUCAGGAACAUCAAUUAAUUUAGACUCGGACUCUGACAGUGAUUUUGAAAGUGCGCCCCACACCAGUACUCAAAUUCAGCGUAGAGCAGUUAUUGAUUCUGAUUCUGAAAAUGAGAGUUCUGCACCAUCUGCCUCGCAAAACUCCCAAAGAGUUAGACAGUCAGUUAUAACAUCAGAUUCUGAAUCGGAGUCAGAAGUAUCUCGCAGUUCAAGUGUGAAGUUCCAGCAGGCAAGAAGUUCUCCGUUGAAAGAGUCAUCUAUUAUGAACAGUUCCCAGAAGAGAGCAGCAAUCAGUUCUGAUGAAGAGAUGGAUACUUCUAACAAUGUCAAUUCUAGGCCAAACAAGGGAACAAAACAUUUCUUAAGCAGUUCAGAGGAUUCCGCAGGAGAAAAUUCUCCCAAAAAAGCCCGCUCUGACGUAAGUGGUCUAAGGAUGUAAGAAACAAAUUGACCCAAAAGAUCUCAGAUAUUUUACUUUGUUCUUCUAGUAUACUUUUGGUCUGGGGAAAUGUAGUCUAAGAAAGUUCAUGUAACUUGGCAAAAUGCCCCAGCUCCUUCAGAAUUUUUUAUGUUGUAUUAUUUAGUGACAGGCAUUGUCUAUUGCCUUGUUGGUAACGAACCAUUUCUUGUGUUUUAUCCAAGUCCAUCAUGGAUUUUUUAUUUCCUUUUUUAUUAUUAUUAAACUUGUGCUCAAUACCCCACUUUGGAAAUUUUGUAAAAUUUUGAAAUGUUAAUGUAAGUUUCAUCAUUAGAUUUUUAAAAAACUUUGAAAUACAUAUUGAAACAAUCGUA